CUGAUUGCGGGAAUUCAAUCAAUAUUACUUGUUCAUUACAAUUAAAAUGUCUGCAAGUGUUUUUGCUUUGAUUAUUGCUCUGUUUGUUUGUCAUAUACAAAACAAUUUAACAGCCAAACAUCCGAGUGGGAUAUGCAGAAGAACAAGCACAGGUGUAGAAUGUUGCACAGAUUAUGUAAAAGAUGGUAACAAGUGUCUUCCUUGCCUGGGAUCAUUUGGACCACAAUGCAGUAAGACAUGUUUGCCUGGAUUUUAUGGAUUCGGCUGUAAAAUGAAAUGUACAUGUGGUGUGUGUGAUAGAUUUAACGGAUCGUGUUUGGAAGAAACAGACGUAAAUGUAACAGAGUCGACAAUCUGUAGCAGUUCCAUUUAUAGCAUGUCUACAGAGGACCAGGAUGUAGAGCCUCUAUUCCAACAUCAAUUUGUAUGGUUUCUCGUCGGAAUAACCUCUUCUUCUACGUUUGUCGUCAUUAUAAUCGUGAUACUUGUGCUGUGUGUGAUCAAACGGUGUCGGGGCAGCAGAUUAUCCAGUGCCAAUAUUCAAAGAACAGAAAUGAAAUCGAGCGGAACCACUGGCCAUGUUUAUGAAACAGCAUAUCAAGAGAGAUAUGUCUGAUGAGAAAAUACGUAGUUAUGCAAGACUCGUAGUCUACCUCAAACAACCUUAGUUUUCUACCCGAUAUACUUUGGAAUCAUAAGAAAUGUCUUCAAGGUGAAGAUAACGAACAGUGAUCAAUCUCAUAACUCCUACAAGCAAUACAAAAUAGAUAGUUGGACAAACACGGACCCCUGGACACACCAGAGGUGGGAUCAGGUGCCUAGGAGGAGUAAGCAUCCCCUGUUGACCGGUCACACCCGCCGUGAGCCCCAUAUCCUGAUCAGGUAAUCGGAGUUAUCUGCAGUCAAAAUCAGUGUGCCAAGAACGGCUUAACAAUCGGUAUGAAACACGUCAGACAGCAUUUGACCCAAUGCGAGGUUGUAUUGACGAGCUAGAUCGUUAUAACGACCAUAGAAUUUGCGAAAUGCUGACUUCAAUCGAGACUGUUGAAAUCCCUGUACCAUCAACUUGUUUGUCAGUAGCUAACCUCGAUUUAAAAACGGACUAUACCCAGAACAAGCUCUUGCAUAUCGAAUCAGUUGAGAUAUAUAAACACCAUAUGCAGGUGAUAAUGGAAUAUUGCUACAUAAAUGUGGGAAGUUGACGAUGGAGAAGCUGAAAUCAUCCCGCUUGUCACACAGUUGAGUUGUCAGUUUGCCGUUAAUGUCUACUUUCAAUAAAAUAUCUAAGUAUGAAGCA